UGUAAUAGAAAUGACGAUGUCAGCGGAUUGGCAAUCAAUAACACGUUGGCAAUUUUCGAUGGCACAAAAUUAUUUCGCGAUCGAACAUCGUCGUGACAACAACAAUGCGGUUCUACGGAUUUUUCUUAAUACUUUUGGUGACAAGUCGCUUGUCGAUUUCUUUACUUGUUCCAGAAAUCCCAUCGUUCUUGAAGAUAUGUCAUCAAAGUGAUCCAUUCCUCGACGACUGUAUAAUGCAAAGUGUCGUUUCCUUGAAACCGUAUUUAAGAAAUGGAAUAACAGCUCUUGGGAUUCCAGCGUGUGAACCGCUUCGCUUAGAAGAGGUCCGAAUUGACCAAAGUUCCGGUCCAAUCUAUAUUCACGCGAGGUAUAACAACGUGUCCAUUUAUGGUGGCACUAACUUCAUACCUAAGAGCAUCAGCUUCGACUUAGACAAAAAUAUAGUACACCUGGAACUCUACAUUCCACGACUGGAAAUGGUAGCGAAUUACAUCAUGGGUGGUAGAAUUAUAAUGCUACCAAUCACAGGAAAUGGUAUCGGAUAUGGAAACUUCACAGACAUCGAUGCCAUUGUCGUUCUACAGUUGGAACGUUAUCGUAACGAGAGAACAGGGUUGAUUCAUCAGAAGGUGGAGGACAUUUAUGUCGAUUUUGAGAUCGGCCAUGCCACUGUGCGCUUAGAUAAUUUGUUCAACGGCGACAAAACGCUUUCAGCCGCCAUGAAUCUUUUCCUCAACGAGAACUGGAGCACGGUGAUAACGGAAAUAAGGCCGAAAUUGGAGGAAACCGUUGCCAUGUUGGUCACGAAUUUCACGAAUACGAUUUUCUCGGUGUUUCCGGAGGAUGUAUUAUUGCCACCUUGAAGUAAAAUAUAUAUUUUUUUCUCCUGUAAACAUGUUAAUGCGAUGUAUCGAUUGAUUUUGUAAGUUUUUCUAAAUUUUUAUAUUUUGUUUUUAAAUACUGUUUUCGAAGUUGUGAUAAAAUUACAAAUUGCAGUUAUUUCUAUUUUCUCUUAAAAAUUUCUAAACAUUUUUUCAAGGUAGUUUUCAAAUUUCUUUCAACGCUUCUCUGGUUAUUUGAAAAUACGUAAUUAGUAUUCGAUAAUUAAUUUUACAGUUUCCUACAACUCGUGAGCCUAAACGAAGAUAACCACACGACGAGCGUGUAAAUCGUAGAACAGCAUUGUAGGCGCUAAUAAAAGUCCUCGCUCAAUUUUAUACCGAAGGCAAAUCGUUAUAUCACAUUCUACUUGUAUUCUUAUUAGAGUUCUAUAAUAAAUAGGAAAUAAAACUAUCUCGUUUCUAGAUUAUAAAUUUUCUUACUUCGAAACUUCAAUUUUUGAAAGAUAUAUUAACAGUAGAUUCUCAAAUGGUGUCGGAAAAUAAAAGCAAUUACAUAUGUACGAUAUUAUUUUAGUACACGAUAAAUAAGACUUGAAUGUUGAUCUUUCUGAUUAAUUUCUGAUUGAAUUUUACAACGAUACAAGUUCGUUUAACUUACAUUUGUUAUUUCAGGAAUUUAAAUAGAUACAUAUGUAUGGUUUUAUAAAUACGAACGAGGCUCUUUGUUUAAAUAAUAUUUUGUCCGCGGCAGAUUUGAAUUACGAAUCGAGGGUCGUAAUUCUUUGCUGCUCAACUAUUGUCGACUAUAGUAACGAUACCAUUGCGAAAGACGCUGCGAAGAAAUUAAAGACUGAGAAAUCAACGGGUCUGUUGAUGUAAUUUUAGGUCAGCGAUCGGUUGCUUUUAAAAAUUAUUAAUUCACGAGACAUUUAUAUUAUCCUGUUUCCUUUCAGCGUCGAUCAUUGCCAUUGGUAUUACCGAAAAGAUCAUAACUGCACGAAUGAUUAUGUGCGUGAGAACUGUUUUUGUUGCUGCAAUGUUCCAAUGCAUUUGCUUCGUUUUCUUUGCUCGAGAUAAGAAAUUAUUUAGAAAAUUCAGACAUUAGAAAAUUAAGAAAAACAUAGUUUUAUAA